UCACUCGCAACAUGGCGGCGACUGGGAACGAAGGGGAGACGUUAUUGCCAGAUAUUGAGGAGGAAGAGGAGGCCGAGGAGAUGGAGAGGGAAAUGGAGUCGGAGGACGAAGAGGGGAUGGGUGUGGAAAACUCGGACGACGACGACGACGAGGGUGACACGUCCGAGGACGAGCGAGAGAACGAAGCAGAGAUCCAGCGCUUGGAAGAGCAGUUGUCGAUCAAUGCAUUUGAUUAUAACUGCCAUGUGGACCUGAUUAAGCUGCUGAGGCAGGAAGGGAAGCUGCACAGACUGCGGAAGGCCAGGCAGAAGAUGAGCGAACUCUUCCCUCUUACUGAAGAGAUUUGGCUGGACUGGCUGAAGGAUGAGAUUGGUCUGAUCGAGGGCGAGGAGGCGGAGCGGGAGAAGAUGUACGAGCUUUUUGAGAAAGCUGUGAAGGACUACAUGUGUCCUGAUAUCUGGUUGGAGUAUGCACAGUACUCUAUAGGUGGGAUGGGGGCUGCCGGGGGCAUUGACCGGGUGCGCUCCAUCUUCGAGAGGGCACUGACUGCAGUAGGUUUGCACAUGACCAAAGGUGCCGCCCUGUGGGAGGCCUACAGGGAGUUUGAGAUCGCCAUUCUCUCCACUCUACAGCCUCCUCCCGGCGGUGUUGCGAGUCCAGAGCAGCAGGAGCAGCUGAAUGCUCAGCUCGAGAGAAUCCACACACUUUUCAGACGCCAGCUGGCCAUUCCUCUGAUGGAUAUGGAGGGCACCUAUGCGGAAUACUCUGAUUGGACGGACGAGGGAGUGUCUGAGACAGUCACGCAACACUACAAGCGGUCUCUACAGCAGUUGGAGAAGAGGCGGCCGCAUGAGGAGGCUUUGCUGAUGGCCGAGCCACCGAAGCUGGCAGAGUAUCAGGGCUACAUCGACUAUGAGAUGAAGGAGGGUGAUCCGGCUCGAGUUCAGAUUAUUUUUGAGAGAGCACUGGCAGAAAACUGCCUGGUGCCGGACCUCUGGGCUAAAUACACUACCUAUCUGGAUCGUCAGUUGAAGAUCAAAGAGUUGGUGUUGUCCUGUCAUGAGCGAGCAGUCCGGAACUGUCCUUGGACCAUGGGCUUGUGGAAAAGCUACAUAUUAGCUCUGGAGAGGCAUGGGGCGGAGCAUCAUAUAAUCUCAGAUGUGUUUGAGAAGGCCUUGAAUGCUGGCUUCAUACAGGCCACUGAUUAUGUGGAGAUUUGGCAGUCAUACCUGGACUACCUGAGAAGACGUGUCGAUUUCAGCAAAGAGGGGAGCAGAGAGUUAGAGGAGCUGCGGGCAGCUUUCACACGCUGUCUUGACUACCUGAAACAGGAUGUGGAAGAAAGGUUUAGUGAGAGUGGUGAUUUGUCUUGUACAAUAAUGCAAAUCUGGGCCAGAAUAGAGGCAUUGCACUGUAAGAAUAUGCAGAAAGCGCGAGAACUGUGGGAUAGCAUCAUGACAAAAGGGAACGCCAAAUACGCCAACAUGUGGUUGGAAUACUACAACCUGGAGAGGUCGUAUGGAGAUGCUGUACAUUGUAGGAAAGCACUGCACCGGGCAGUUCAGUGUACUUCUGAUUACCCAGAGCAUGUGUGUGAAGUUCUUCUCACCUUUGAGAGGGUGGAGGGCUCUCUGGAGGACUGGGACGCUGCUGUGCAGAAGACUGAGUCCAGGCUGAAUCGAGUGAAUGAGCAGAGAGUGAAGGCGGCGGAGAAAGAGGCCCUGCUGGUGCGGCAGGAGGAAGAGAGAGCCGAGCAGCGCCGGAAAGCCAAGGCUGAAAAGAAAGCCCAGAAAAAGAGCCAGAAAACAAACCGAACAGGAGACAAGAGGAAGGCAGAGGAUGAUGGUGAAGAUGAGUGGGGAGAGGAAACAGAACUAGCGCACAAGAGGCACCGGGGUGAGGGAGAUGUCAUCGCAGCGGCUUUAGAGGAACAAAUGGAGACAGAGAGCAGCCUGAUCGGGCGGCGCGCUCCGCCACGCAAAACAGAGCCGCCGGCAGCCCGGAGGAACCAGCAGGUGGUGCCGGAGACCUCAUCCAUGGUCCAAAAGACAUCGGACACCACACCGGACCAGCGCAGAGAUUCCAACACCGUGUUUGUUAGUAAUUUAGCCUUUAAUCUGGAGGACCCCGAGGGCAAAUUGAAGGCUUUGUUUGGAACCUGUGGGAAGAUCAUGGAAGUGCGGCCUGUAUUUACCACUAAGGGAGCAUUCAGAGGCUACUGCUAUGUGCAGUUUGAGGACGAGCUGGCCACCCAGGAAGCGCUGAAGCUAGACAGGCAGGAAGUGGACGGAAGACCGAUGUUUGUCUCUCCCUGCGUGGAUAAAAGCAAAAAUCCUGACUUUAAGGUCUUCAAGUACAAUACAUCAAUGGAGAAGCAUAAAAUCUUCAUCUCGGGACUGCCCUUCAACUGCACUACGGAGAAGCUGGAGGAGCUGUGCAAGGAGCACGGAACAGUCAAAGCUGUCCGCCUGGUCACCAAUCGCUCUGGCAGAUCUAAGGGCUUGGCGUAUGUGGAGUUUGAGAGCGAGGAGCAGGCGUCCCAGGCCGUGCUGAAGUUGGAUCGGACUAAGAUGGAGAAUUAUACUCUCUCAGUCGCCAUUAGCAACCCACCGGCUAGGAAGACAGAAGUCAGACCAGCGGCUAGCCGUGUGCUGGGAGCCAUGAUGCCUCGGCAGCUACAGGGCACUCGAGGAAAAGGACGGACGCAAGUCUCCUUACUCCCUCGCUCCCUGCACCGGCAGAACACCCCGGAGGCCAAAGCGGAGAAUGGAACGGCUACCAAACAGCAGCAUGGCAUGACUGACGGCCAGGGGCUGGACACUGGAACUAAAUCCUUGUCCAAUGAGGACUUUGCGAGGAUGCUCCUGAAGAAGUGAAACUGCUUCUGCAGCACCUGAACAUGACGAAUUAACCUGCCUUGUGUCGGAAGCCAUUCUGUGUCCUUAUUACAAUUGGGAGGAAGAAACAACAGCAUUUUAAUUUUUUUCCUGUAAAUAUGUGAAGCACCCCCAAAAUUAUAUAUAGAUAAAA